GUAUGCUUCUGUUACAGGUAAAUUCUUUAAUUUAAGUGAGCUAAUAUUUUUGUUUUUACUAUUUUAUCUUAUAAUAACUAUAUAUGCUUGUCAUUUAUAUUAGCUGUGGUAUUAUGAGCACUUCAGAUUUCCGGGUAAUGACUUUGAUUACAAUGCUAAAAGUCUUCCAAUAAUGGCACAUUGGACUGAGAAGCGAUGUGCAUCAAGAGAGAACUAUGAAAAUUUAUUUGGUCGUGCUGAUAACAAAAUGUAUCAUGAAUUACAAAAAAAAAGGUAGAUAAUUAGUUUGGUUAUUGGAUUAUUUUAUAUUAUUAAAACCAAAUGUGCAUUAUUAAUGUUCUUUCUUAUAGCUAGUAGUAGUAUUUGAUUUAGCGAUGCCUUACAUGCAACAAGAAACAACUCAGGCUUCAGAAGGACAACAUACAACAACAUCCAAUCAAAAGGAACAUUAUGCUACUUUUGAAAAUAAAUUCAAUGGUCAAGCUGGUCAAAGCUUGAGGCCAAAUCAUGGAGAAGAAAAAAAAGAGGCGAAGGAGGAGAAGGAAAAAGACGAAGAGGACGAGGAAAAAGAUGAGGUUUCAGAUGAAACAUUUGAUGACAUUGACAAACAUAUGCUAUCAUUUCGUAUGGCUUCAAUUGAACGGAGUGUGCAUUGCUUAGAAAAUAAUAUAAAAAAAAUUAUGCUUGAAAUUACACAAGCUAUCUUCGAGAUGAGAGAUGAUGUUUCCACGCUCAAAUCCGACAUCAGAGAAAGCAAAUUAUAUUCAAAGGUUAAAAUUUUGGUUAUAAUUGAAGAAAAAUUAUGCAAUAUUUGCAUUAGUCUUAAAGGAGAAUCAUUUGAAAAAGAAAGGAGAAAUCCACUUAGCCAUGGUAGUAACAUCGGAGAAAAUAGUGUUCAUGUAGAUUUAAAUAUGGAACCUCUUAAUAUGGAUUCAGAGUGGAUGAAUGGUGAGACUUAUAUGUCACCUCAUCAUGAGCAAAGGGAAAGCAGCAAGAAGCAUCAAACUACAUUAGAAAAUAUGAAACCAUUAAGAAGUGUACAGAAAAAAAUGUCAUUUGCACAAAAAAAAUCAAAGGAAGUUGAGGAUACUAUCAACAUGUGCCAACGUAAUAAACAUUCACAUGAAGAGAAAAUCAUAUCUGCUUUUCAGGGAGCAGAAAAGGAAGAUCCUGACUUACUACCUCUAGGACUUACACAAGAUGAAGUUAUUGCUAUAACUUAUUACAAGGCAUGUAUAAGGAAAGGAGAGAAAAUUAAGUCUUUUGUUCAAAUAGGUGAUAUCAUUCUCACUGGAGAAUAUUUGAAGCCUUUGCUUGCAAGUGGAAACUUUGGAAUUGAUGCAUGGUUAUCAAAUGAGAUAAUUGAUGCAUAUACAUAUUUGCUUAGACUACGAAGCAGUAAUCAGAACUUCGACAACAAUAAGAUUAGCUAUCAAUCAUGCUUCGCGUAUGGCUUGCUUCAAAGAAAUGUGCAACAAGGAGUAACAUCAUCAUUUCAUAAUAUAAAAAAAUAUGCUAAUGAUGUUCGUGAAAUAAUGUCAUCUGAUAUGGUAUAUUUACUAUUAUGUUUAUAUUCCCUACAAAGUUUCUCAAAUAAUUCAGUUGAUAAUUCUAUGACUAAGUCUUUUUUUAUUAUCCAUGUUUUUAUAGGUGUUAGUGAAGGAAAUCAUUGGCGAUUAAAACCUGGAGGUGGAGGAGUUAAUGCAGCUAAAUUCAAAGCAGCAUUAAAACGCCCAAUAGUUGUGCGCUAUAUUCAAAGCAGCCAACAAUUUAGAAGACAUUAA